CCGCUUGUCAGGAUCAGAGCGCCACACAUACCGGCAACACACACUAUACACACACACUCCCUCUCCGAGCCGGACAGCACAGCCCCUGGCCCGGCAAGCCCCGGCAGCGGAGGACACAUCCAGGCUUCCAGGCGCCGCAGCCCGCCGUGACAGUGGACCUAACAUCGCCUUACUUUGUGGACAUGGGAGACAUGGGGGACCCGCCGAAAAAGAAGCGGCUGGUGUCUCUGUGCGUGGGCUGCGGGAACCAGAUCCACGACCAGUACAUCCUGCGGGUCUCCCCGGACCUGGAGUGGCACGCCGCCUGUCUCAAAUGUGCCGAGUGCAGCCAGUACCUGGACGAGUCGUGCACGUGUUUCGUCAGGGACGGAAAGACGUACUGUAAACGGGACUACAUCAGGUUGUACGGGAUCAAAUGCGCGAAAUGCAACAUUGGCUUCAGCAAGAACGACUUCGUGAUGCGGGCCCGCUCCAAGGUCUACCACAUCGAGUGUUUCCGCUGCGUGGCCUGCAGCCGGCAGCUCAUCCCGGGGGACGAGUUCGCUCUGCGGGAGGACGGGCUCUUCUGCCGGGCCGACCACGACGUGGUGGAGCGGGCCAGCCUGGGCGCUGGAGACCCGCUCAGCCCGCUGCACCCCGCCAGACCGCUGCAGAUGGCAGCAGAACCAAUCUCGGCCCGGCAGCCCGCGCUUCGGCCUCACGUGCACAAACAGCCGGAGAAGACCACCCGGGUCCGGACGGUGCUGAACGAGAAGCAGCUGCACACGCUGCGGACUUGCUAUAACGCCAACCCGAGGCCUGACGCCCUCAUGAAGGAGCAGCUGGUGGAGAUGACCGGCCUCAGCCCGCGGGUCAUCCGGGUCUGGUUCCAGAACAAGCGGUGCAAGGACAAGAAGAGGAGCAUCCUGAUGAAGCAGCUGCAGCAGCAACAGCCCAACGACAAGACGAACAUCCAGGGAAUGACUGGCACCCCGAUGGUGGCGGCCAGUCCGGAGCGGCACGACGGCGGCCUCCAGGCCAACCCGGUGGAGGUGCAGAGCUACCAGCCGCCCUGGAAGGUCCUCAGCGACUUCGCCCUGCAGAGCGACAUCGACCAGCCGGCCUUCCAACAACUGGUCAGUUUCUCGGAGGGCGGUCCGGGAUCGAACUCGACGGGCAGCGAGGUAGCGUCCAUGUCGUCCCAGCUUCCAGACACGCCGAACAGCAUGGUGUCCAGCCCCAUCGAGGCCUGAGCCGCCGCCGCCGCCGCCGCCGACGCCGCAUCCUCCCCAUCCAUCCAUCCCGACCGACCGACCGACGGACGGACGGACGGACCGCACCAAACAACCCCCCUGGUUGUAUUAUGACACUGUGAAGACAAUCAUGGGAUUUUACCACAGCCACACAUUCUAAUGUCCAUCCAGAGAGAGACACACGGACGGACGGAUGCGUCAUCAUGGCCCGGUGCUGCACGUUCGAGCGCCUGGUUACAGUUGCCAAAACGAGAGACACGAACCGGACUGCAUCGAUAC